AUGUUUCUGUUCUGUGUACUGUUUGUUUGUAUGUGUCUUUCUGGCUGCUGUUACAACCAAAUUUCCCCUUGUGGGACAAUUAAAGGAUUAUUCUAUUCUAUAAUAAUCCAUGGUUUCUCUAGAGGGGUCUCACAGCUUUUAUCUUUAACUUUUCUGUUUGAUUUAUGUUAUUAGAAACAUGACUGCUUGUCUUUUAUCUGUGUGACUGUACAGCCUGCUUUAUAGGGGUGGUUUUAAAUAAUCGAUUUUCCGAUUUCAAAUAAAAUAAAGCGAUAUUGACUCAUUAGAUUCUGGAUCGAUUUUUAAAUAUAAGCGUUUUUCCAAAAACGCCCGAAUCUCAGGUUAAAGCUCACAAAACUAUUUCAACAACCACCAAACAGCUGAAACGGCAAAUCCAAUGCAUCAGAAGCUGUAAGAUCUCAGCGUUCUCACCCAGCGGCGUCGAGGCUGAAAGAUGACAUCUCACAGAUUCUUAUGCGGCAGGUUUUGUCACUCUCCAGUGCUGUUGUCUGUUUCUUUUUUUUUUUCUUCAAAAAUAACCUCCGACAAAGCCUAUUUUCUGCUGUUCAAUACCGAAGAAAUUUAAACUUUUUAAAAUUAUGCCAAUGUCAUGGUCCUAGGUGUGACCCAGUGUUGUGUUUAAUUUAUAUUUGAGUAUUGUUAUUCAUGGUUUUAGUUAUUUUGAGGUUACAUUUUGUUGUUCUAGUUUCAAUGUGCCUUCUGUGUUCGUGUUAUGUCUACUCUGUUUAUUUUUCCUCUCCCAUGGUUCAUGUCUCUGUUUCAGGGUCAAGUCCGCAUCUGUGUUAUACUUCCUGUUUUACUUUGACAGUCUGUCUUUUGUCAUUGUAUUCUGCUUUGCCUCCUUUGUAUCGUUAGGUCUGAUUUAUCCCAACUGUGUUACCACCUGUUCCCCAUCCUCUUGUCCUGCUUGUGUAUAUAAGCCCUGUGUCAUACCCUCAUUGUGUGUCUGUGUGUGUCUUGUCCAUAGUCUCUCGUUUCCAUUUUUGUAGCUUCCCUGUUUUUAGUUUCCAGGUUAGUUUUGUGAGUUUAUUUUAUGGAGUUUUCUGCUACAGCGCAAUAAAGCUGCCUGACAGCCUGACCUGACAGCCCAUUGUUGGUCAAUGGUGCUAGCGUUGGUCAUCCACUGACAACACCAGAUUGUGUUUUACUGAUGUAAAAACUCUUGCACUGGCCGGGAAUUGAACCCUGGAAGACCCACUAUGGUCUUCCAGCGCUGUUGCGAGUUUGAUAUACGACACUUAAAAAAAUUUCCACUUUUACACUUCGGGAGACAAAACGAGUUACACAAUGCUCGCAACAGAUCUCAGCGAUCCUUGUUCAUUCAUCAAAGGUAAGAAACGUUUAAAAUAAGAGUAUGCCAACAGAAUAAAUUUUCAGGUGUAUAUUAAAAGUAACGGAAGAGUUGCGAUUUCAUUUGCGGAGUGUCCAUUGCUUGGUUAAAGAUGGUUGGAGUUUAUCCACUGUUGUAAAGUGGCACGGUAAAUCAUGAAUGAAGCUGCUCCUUAAAAAAAAAAAAAAAAAGAUAUGUUGAUAAUCUGCCAGCAGUUCUUAUGUGCCAUGACUACAGAUGUGCAAAUAACUAUUGAACCAUGAAUGGUUUUUAUUUACAUACAGAAUAGUUUGUCUAAACCCAGCCAUAAUGUGCAGCAAGAUUAUAACUUGAAUGUCUUUUUUGUGUUUGGAAUUAAUUUUAAAAAAUAAUUGUUUAUUUUUUCACUCUAUGUCAAGAUGCACAAGAAAGUUGUACUCUACCCAGGGAAAAUCUCUGGUGUACCGCAAGGGCCACUUGGAUACCUUCUCCAGGACCCGUUGAAAGAAGUUAGACUGAUUAAAAAUGACCCCAAGCUUCGGGACAAGUCUGCAUCUAUGAGGGAGGACCUUGUAUGUCAGAAUGCUCUGACUGUUAUCUAUCAGAGAGGAGGGGGUGCCUCCGACAAGAAGUGCAGGGAGAGUACAUCCUGCAGUUUGGAAAAUAUAAAGGAAAAAUCUUUCCGGUGGCUUCUGGAGAACGAUGUCGGGUAUACCAUAUACCUGAUCAAAAAUCUCCAGAAUGAAGAGGCUACAGGGGUCUCUAUGGAAGAAGGGCAUAGCAAGGAGAGCAUAGCAAGGAGAGCUUGCGUUCAUCUGUACAAUAGUGCCCUCAGUUUUGUGGAGUUAAAGACUCUUAUGGACUACGAGGCCAGCAGAGUGAGUGUUGCAGCAGAAGCCUCUGAAGAUGAUCAGCUGGUUGGCUUUGGCUCACGAGCCAAGAGCACCUGGAAGGAGAUUUGGGACGGCAGAGGAGAUGGCUAUGCAGACUUUAUCGUGAGGAAGAGCUGCAGUCAAGGAACACGGAUGCAUAAGCUGCAGCAGUACCUGCGGAAGAAGCAGCAGUCUGCGUCUGCUACCACAAAUGCCCCAACUAAACAGACUGAGGGAUGGAUGAGGAUAAAGACCUGGAGGACACAAUGCUGAGUGUCUCACCUGCAAAACUACAAAUGCAGAGCUGUAAGUACUCCGUUAUUACAUUGACUAAGUGUCAGAAGUGAUAAUGGCUAAGUCUCUUUCUAUCUCAUAUGCCCCUAUCCUCUGUCGCCGCAUAACUAGUCACUGUGCCAGCAGCAGCAGGGUCCACACCCAGACUAUCUUCAGGAGAAAACACAGGUUUUCAAACGAAAGGUUUCAGAACUGGAGUACAACUGUUUUACGUGACGAAUUGCUCUCCAAAACUGAGCCUGAACUUGAACUUUUACAUAUUGUCUGGUUCUUGUUUUUGUGUGUUCUGGCCACGUUCUGGCUAUGUUCCUCUGAUAGUAUAGUUGUAUCCUGGCAUUAUGCUAACUUAUGUGAAGCACUCUCAACACCAGUUCUUCUUUGAACACAAGCCCAGAAAAACUUCUGCAGACUCAGCAACUGUGGCACUCUUUAACAGAAGAGUGAGACAACUAGUGUUCCUGUGGUCACCAUGGAGCCAGCUGUCUUUAACCCACUCAAUAGAGAAGAUUGUGGAACACAUCUUAAAGAAGCAACCGCAGGAGAAACCUGAGGAAAAAAGGAGGUAGACAAAGAGUUGUCUUGCCUGUGGACAGCCCAAGUCCCAAUAUGAGACAGAUGGAUCUACCAUCCACUAUUUUUACCAGCGAGGGCUUGUGCCAUAUUUCUAUUGUUCAAAGAAGGUACAUCAAAGUUAUGCUGCUGAGGGAAUCGGUAACCCUAAAAUGCCCUUUGAAGAAUUUAUUCAGACAGAAUUUUUCCAGAGGGAACCGGACACUACCAAGAAGAGGGUGGAGGAAAAGGCCAGAAUCCCAACAACCAGGCCGCCUCUGCAGAUUCAGCCACAGGGAUGUGAACCAGGGACCAAAUAGUCCACACAUUCAUACGGGCUUCCCUGGAGUGGCAGGAAAAUAUAUCUGCUGCCCUUCGAAAGUGUACUCUAUAUAUGGAGACAAAGAAAUGGACAAGGAAAUGACCUGGAAGGAUAUUCAGCAGUCUCCUUUCUAUGAGGCAGAGAGACAUAGAUGGGUGGAAGAAAAAAGCAAAUAAGGAAGAAACAGUUGAUAUUGUAUAUAAAACAGUUUUGUUCUAGUUGUGAAUGUCUGUGAAAGUAAUAACAGAUUGUAAAUGUAAAUUGUUUUCUGCAAAAAUAUCAACACAGUGCUCUCUUUAUAACCUCUGAGUUCACCUACAUGUUUAUAUAACUGUAUGCUUACCAUCAGGUAAUCAGUUUAAAAAAAAAAGAAAAA